AUGCCUCACAAACACAGCCGCAGAGAAAAGGAUCUUUCCAGCUAUGAUCUUCCCCCAUCUCAGAUCGCCAGACCUCUGCCGGUGACGACCAUCUCCAAAAAGAAUGCGCCCGCCGCCAACAAGAAGGGAAAGGAUACGACUGCUGCAAGGAGCAGCAGCAGUGGCAACAACAAGAGGAAACGCGGCGCUGGCAGCCAGGAUGAUGCGCCUCGUGCUUUCAAACGCCUGAUGGCCCUGGCCGAUGGGAAGAAGACUCGGUCAGGACUGGACGAUGGCGCAGAGAAGCGCAGCAAGAAGGCCAAGGCAGCAAAGAAAGAGACAGCUCCCGCAGCAGCGGAGGAAGCGCCGAUCGAGAUCCCCAAGAUCAGGCCCGGAGAGCGCAUGUCUGAGUUUGCAGUACGCGUCAACGCGGCGCUGCCUCUGACAGGGCUGGUCAGCAAGACGGUCAAGAACGGCAAGGAUCCACUCGGCCUCAAGGUCCAGCGCACGAGGAAGGAGAAGAAGAUGCACAAGCUCUACGACCAAUGGCGCGAGGAGGAGCGCAAGAUCAAGGAGCGUAAAGAAGAGGAGGCCGAGCUCGCCGAGGAGCAGGAGAUGGAGGAUGAUGCUGCCGGCGUGACGUGGAAGCUCGACCUCGAGGAAGGGACCUCGGGCAAGGCGGGAAAGAAAAAGAAGAAGGGCAAGAGGCGGCGCCUUCUUGGCGAGACUGCGGGCAAAGAGGACGACCCUUGGGCGGAACUGACCAAGAAGCGCGGAGAGCAGAAGAUCAAGCUCAACGACGUGGCACAGGCACCCCCUGAGCUGCCCAAGAUGGCUGCCAAGAAGAUGCUGGUCAGGGGCGCCGCCGUCGAGGCACACAACAUCCCCAAGUCUGCAGGCAGUUUACGGCGGAGAGAAGAGCUGCAUGGCAUCCGCGAGGAUGUGGUUGCGUCGUAUCGGAAGCUCAUGGAGGAGAGGCGUGCGCAGAAAGGACGCAGGUGA